UUUCCUACUCAUUCCGAAUGACGACUCCCUUGGACCGACCAGCUCCGGCAAUGAUGAAUCAACCAGAAAAAGAAUCUUGGAAAAUCAUCUCCUAACCUCCAAGUCCUGUCCCUCCAAUAAUAUAUAUAAAUAAAUAAAUCACCGACAUCCCUCAUAUCACAUCACUUUGAUGCCUGCACAGCUUCACCCACCUCAAUAAUGCCCGAAGAUACCGAGAAGCGGGGCACGACAUCCAACAACCCCAACCCCUCACAAUCCAAACAACAACCAGAAACUCCAAACAGCAGCAGCACCACCAAUGACAAUGACAGCAAAUCUCCCUCUCUCGCAAGUAGAAUUCAGAACUCCGCCGCAGGACUCGCUCGAAAUGCCCUGACUACACCAGGCCCGUCCGGAGAUUUAGCUUACGCUCUGUCUACCGGGAACAAAGCAGCAGCAACUGGAUCUUCGUCGGCGUCAUCGGCACCCUCAACGGCGGACUACUACGCACAAAGCUCUACAUCUUCGAGAGCUCAAUCUGGGUCGAGUAUUCCUGCGGAAUCGUUCCGGUCGGAAUCAGCACAGCACCAGCAGCAGGGUGGAUUCGAGCUUCCCCCGUUGACGGAAGAGGAAUUCCAGCAUGUCUACGAUGGAGAUAAUACCUUGCAUGACGUUUCUUCAGAAGGGAAGGGGAAAGGGAAAGCAGUAGACCUCACGCAUACAGACUACAGCGAAAAAUACCAUGAUACUGCACCAUCAGCAUUCAGCACAGCCUGGCAACACAGCUCCCAGCCUCAUCGCCAACAACACCAGCAACCCCAACCCCAACCCUCCGACGGCUCAGAAGUCAUCUCCCUCCUAACCUCCAAAUCCUUCAACCCCGACUUCCCCCCCUCAGCCGAUGAACCCUUCGAACCCAUCGAAACAGACCUCCUCCCUCAACCCCUCACCCCAGCCGAGAUCCAAAUGAUCGAAUCCUUCCGGCGCCAAUUACCCGCAGAACCAGACACAUCCACGCAGCAGCCGCAGACGCACCGACUUACCUCCUUCAGUCUCGUGCCGGAUAUAAACAGCAUACUGGACGGUGCUGCCCCGGUGUCGACGGAGUCGGAUGCUACGGCGUUGCGGGAUGCGGUUUUGACGGGGUUGCCGGGGGCGGCGGAGUGGGUUGCUGUUGAGGAGAGGUAUCAUGAUGAGGUUUGGGGGUAUUUGCGGCCUACACUUGAGGCGGCGAAGGAGGAGAUGGAGACGAAGCAGGAGUCUGGGGAGGGAGGGGUUGAAGAUGGGCCCGCUGUGAGGAGGUUGAAGAUGAUUUUGCAGCAUAUGAAGGCUUGAGUCAUUGUACAUAUGGACUAUGGGUACAGGUAAGGCCGAGUUGGGUGCUGGAUAUAUGACCGGUCGUGUAAUAGUACUAGUCAUGUAUAAACAUUCUAUCUACAAGAUCUAAUCUAUACCAUAAAUCUGGAGAUUGUUUUGAAAUAUCGAUUGAAUUUAUAUCUUACAGACAUAACCUUCCCUUUGGAAGAAGACAUGAACAGAGAUCUCAGCUCUGUAUAUCGUCACAGUAACAUGGACAAAACGCAAACAUGAGAAAUGGGGUAUGUAUCAAAACGGCCGCAUGUUAAUCACAGGUUCCUUUCGUGCUUUCUUUUCAUUCCUUCGUUCUAUAUCCCGCAGUUCAUCCGAAACUCCUUAGUACUCCAGAUCAGGGGUCUGGCCCUUGACACGGCCGAUGACAGUGUGGCCGGCGUACUUGGGAAUGACUUCAUCGUCGUGGAGCAUAGCGAAUUC